AUGGAGGACGACGGGUUUACCCUGGUCAGCCAUCGAAAAAAAGCGAGCCGCCCAAACCAUCCUCACACAUCUCACAAGCAACCACAUUUGUCACCCUCUCCUUCCGGUUUUGCUUACAGACGUCAAAAGCAGCGGCAUGCCAUUACAAGAAAGCCAGAACCUUCAGUUUCGAGUGUAAUGGGUGAUUUGGAAACAAAGAGGGAGGCUAUAAAGAAGAGCAAGUUCUAUACCAAGCUUUGCGAGGCGCUUUUGCAACCCAUCAAUACUCUAUCUUCUGGCUCAUCCAUUCGACCGCGAAACGUAGACUGCGUGUGUUAUGGUGUCGGAUCACCGGUUCGGUCAGCCACCUCCCAAUACCAGCUUAUGCUCUUGUUACUUCUCCGGGACGUGUUUGAGCUUGAGGGAAGCUUGCAUAUAUUCGAUCCAGUGAUGACAGAGUUGGACAAGCAAGUUGUAAAGUUGUUGGGAUUUACCGUUAUUGAACGGAAUGAGCGCGGUCUCCGACCAAUAAAAAACCCCACUGUCUUCUUCAUGCCCCACUGUGGCCAUACCCUCUACAGCAAUGUUCUCCGAUCCAAUUGGACACAAGCCAAACUCUCCCGACUCAUGAUCAUCGGAAAUAGCUUUGAGGCGUACUCAAUGAUACAACUUUCGUCCGCACUGGAACGAAAAGCGCCGUUUCUCUGCAGGUCCUUGCAGGUCCUGGAGGAGUUACCCUUCCCGCAUCCUUUCUUGACUGGGGACGUGUUCAACAAUACUAGUGCACAUGUUUUUGAUGUUGGAAAGAUGGGUGUCGAAGAGAGGUUUUGGGAGGUGUCGUUGGACAUGGAGAAUGAAGACGCUGGGGACCCAGAAGUAGUGUAG